AUGAGUGCUAUCACCCUGCCAUCCACGCCCACCCACGACGCUAGAUUGGACAACGACCCCGGCAACGCCGAAGACGUGCCCCUAAACGUAGAUUUCGAGCAUACACAGGAGGCUGCUGUAGACGAGAUAGGGAAGCCAGAAGAGCGUAUUGGAGAUGCGGCUGCACAGAUGACAGUAUUGGUUGCUACUGGUAUUUUCACACUCGUAACCUGGGCGAUCGUCUUCGCCAACGAACCGUUCGGUUUGGGAUGGUUUUUUUGGCAUCCUGUUCUGCAGAGUACGGCAAUUGCCUUUUUCGUGUUUGGUAUUUUGACGCUGCAGCCCACUUCGAAGCCUACCUCGAAAGUAUUGGGGUUCCGCCGCCACCAAAGAAUUAUGUUGGGUGCCGGCUUGCCAGCCAUCAGCAUUGGUACGUCCGCUAUGUGGUUAAACAAGACUAUCCACAGUGCUCCUCAUGCUACGACGUGGCACGGUACAUGUGGAUAUAUUACCAUUAGCUGGAUCAUUACACAAGCAUUUAUAGGGGGAGGAAGUGUUUGGUUUGGUGGUCGCCUUUUCGGGGGUAACCCCCAGGCCAAACUGGUUUGGAAAUAUCACCGCUUGUCCGGGUAUUUUUUGCUCCCAAUGCUGUUGUUUACGGCCCAUCUCGGUGGUGCAUGGUCUGACUGGGUGACGACGCACAGCUGGCACUUCCUGCGUAUCAUAGCGUAUAUAGUCUGCCCCAUCCUGACAUUUGUGGGAGUAUUUAUUCGCAUCAGGGUAUCCAAAAUGAAGUUCUUCUGA